AUGACAACCUGGCUACCUCUUGCUACACCUACCAAUUUUCCAGCAAAGGGUUCAAUGGACCCUCGUCAUAUCAAACUGCGACCCGAUUCCAGCUCCGAAGACGAUGCCAUUAGAAAAUGCAUUAUGAAAAUCACCGAUGUCUUCGGUUGUACUGCCGAAGUCGCAGUGGCCAACUAUGUUAACGGCGUCUGUGAACCGACUCUCGGUGACUUUGAUCUGCCUACUGGCAUCAUUGGUGCCACCUCGGUCUGCCGGGAUACAAAUGCCGUGUUGGGCUACGAGAACAACCAGAUCAAGUUCUGGAAUAAGAAUUUUGACACAGUGUACUGGGAUAUUGCUCUUAAUGGCGCUGCUAUGGAUGACGGGAAAGACUCCUGGAGUGCAGCGGCAGAUCCAACAUUCAACCGCAAGUGUCACAUUAAGGACUGCUAG